CUGUCUCAUAAUGAAAUCUCGACCAGCGCGCUGAUUGGCUACAGUGAUCACAGGGCUAUAUCACGUGGAUACGUUCUUUAGUCCAAGGGAAAUGGGGUUCGGUGUAAAUCUAGGGUGUAUUGCUGUCAUAUAUCACACUACCUCGUAAAAACGACACUGAAGAUUCUGGGCCAACAAAUCACAGGGAAAAAAAUGAGCUCUUAUUAUGUGGAUGGUCUUUUUAGAAAAUAUGUGGGGAGCGGUUCUUUCUUUCCAAAUGCAGAUCAAGGUUCUGGCGCUCAUAGACCCAAUGUAGAGGAACAUGCAUUGGUUCGCAAUGCUGUAGCCUUUGCCUAUCCACCGUCACUGUCCGGAGUUUACAACGUCAAUAAUGCCACAUACCCAAGUCACCCAAUGUUCACCCCCGGUUAUGGCCAGGGACCGGACGUGGACGUUCUUCACAACAGCUCCUUCGACCAGAGCAGUCUGUUUGGCGACAGCCGUGUCCAGUCUAGACCGGCGCCCCUACCCUCACCGGCGGACAAACACUACCGGAUGUACCCAUGGAUGAGAACAUCAGACCAAAAUAGAAAACGCGGCCGGCAGACGUAUUCCCGGUAUCAGACACUGGAGCUGGAGAAGGAGUUUCACUUCAACCGAUACCUGACCCGCAGGAGGCGCGUGGAGAUAUCACACGCUCUCUGUCUGACAGAGAGACAGAUCAAAAUUUGGUUUCAGAACCGCAGGAUGAAGUGGAAGAAGGAUCACAAGGACGACCAGUCUUCGACCUCAGGUGUCACUGGUGAAGGCGGAAACGUGGACAUUGAUGGGGAUCCAGUAACCGAAGAACAGUCCAAAGCAGAUGCAAUCAUCACAGGAGUAUCCCCGUCCGCCGACAUGAAAACAGAGUCCACUGUUAAGAAAGGAGAUGAGAAAAUAGAGGCCCUUGAUGAAACAAACACUUCAUAAAUAUUUUUCUCUCUCUACUCUGAAUGAUAGCACUUUGUUCGCCAAAUAUAUUAAUGAUGAGAAAUGACAAGCAGGCUUAACAUUUAAAGGCUUUCGUAUAACAAAACAAAAUAAGCCAAUAAUGCUGUUAUGCAGUUGGCUGUUCUGCACAUCAAAUGGAACGAAUACUACCUAUUAAGCUGUAUAACUCAAUUUGUUCAUUGAAUUUAAAGAGAGACAUAACCAACUAGCAUUUUCAAAAAUUACAUUCGCUGGAAAGCAGUUGACAUCGAAUAAACAUUCCUUCACAGAGACCUACCGGCAUACAGGCUAGGAAGAAUUUGGUUAAUGGUCUUAUUACAUUUAUGUCUACUUUUAACAGUUUUGUAGACUAUUCAACAUACACUAAUGGAACUUUUUCGCAUGUUUUUUUCCCGUGUAUCAAAGGAAAAUAAAUGGAUGCGUAGAAGUGCCUUAUGCUAAACACACUGGAGGCAAAUGGGCCUGUUAAAUAGCUGAACGUCAACAUGGAGCUGCUGUUUUGUGUUCAUAAUUAUACCAUUGUCAAGUGUUUGGGACCAUAGUCUUUUCUAGAAACGUUUGCAUGAUGUUAAGUCAGCAAUGGGCAGUCUACCUCAGAUUUCCUAAGCCUCAAAGCAAAUAUCUUAAGCUCUGCAGUUUUUGUAGAGGUUUGAAACUGAUAAGUUUGUGUAUUGUGUUUUUAUUUUAGUUUUGCUCUUCAUUCCUUGUCUUUUGUCAUAUAAAUGCUUUAACAGUUUAAA